CAGAACCUCUGAGACGGCGGCGAAAAAAGACUAAUGACCCAGCAUGAGGAGCCAGUCAUUCCAGUAACAUGGACAAGUACGAAAAGGUGAAGAAAAUUGGGGAAGGUUCAUUUGGAAAGGCCAUCCUUGUGAAAUCAAAAGAGGAUGGACACCAAUUUGUCAUCAAGGAGAUUGGCAUAUCUGGAAUGCCAAGUAGAGAGAGGCAGGAAUCUCGAAAAGAAGUUGCUGUUCUUGCCAAAAUGAGUCAUCCCAACAUUGUCCAGUAUAAGGAGUCUUUUGAAGAGGGCGGAUGUCUGUAUAUUGUGAUGGACUACUGUGAGGGCGGAGACCUCUUCAAGAAGAUCAACUCUCAGAAAGGAGUACUGUUCUCAGAAGAGCAAAUCCUGGAUUGGUUUGUGCAGAUUUGCUUGGCACUGAAGCAUGUUCAUGAUCGAAAAAUCCUCCACAGGGACAUCAAAUCUCAGAACAUAUUUUUGACAAAAGACGGGACUGUGCAACUUGGGGACUUUGGAAUUGCAAGGGUGCUGAAUAGCACUGUAGAACUGGCAAGAACAUGCAUAGGAACACCCUAUUACCUAUCACCAGAGAUCUGUGAAAAUAAACCCUACAACAACAAAAGUGAUAUUUGGGCCUUAGGGUGUGUCCUGUAUGAAAUGUGCACUCUUAAGCAUGCAUUUGAGGCUGGAAACAUGAAGAACCUAGUUCUGAAGAUCAUUCGCGGCUCAUACCCUCCCGUGUCCGUUCACUACUCCCAAGAACUCCGCUCUCUCUUGGCACAGCUGUUCAAACGUAACCCCCGAGAACGGCCCUCAGUCAGCAGCGUCCUGGACAAACCUUUCCUGUCCUGUAGGAUCGAGAGGUUCCUCACACCACAGCUCAUCGCUCAGGAAUUCCGCCAUACUUUCCUUCACAAGCAGCCUAGAGUGGGUGUGUUGCAGGGGCCACCAGCCAAGCGUCCUGCCCCUGGCUCCAUACCCCUUGCUCCAGCCCAGAAGAUUACCAAACCAGCCACCAAAUACGGAGUGCCUUUAACUGUGAGGAAGGUGUCAGAUGCAGCCAAAAAGCCUGCAGAGAGGAAACCAGCCGUAAAACAUAAACCGGCCCCUCUCCCAGCAGCCCCCCAGAGAAGAGAGGACGAGGAAGAGAGGAAAAAGCAUGAGGACGGCAUCAGAAAGAAGAAGAUGGAGCUGAUUGAGAGGGAAAGGAAGCAGAGAGAGCAGGUGUUCCUGUUGAAAGCAGAGCAGAUGAAGAGAUAUGAAAAGGAAAAGAUCAAUCGUAUAAACCACGCCAGGGAACAAGGCUGGAAGCAUGUCUUGAGCUCUAGUGGAGGUAGCAGCCCAGAGAGGAAGUGUUUUGUAGGCGGUCAAAAGAGGGCUGCAGGUGUCGGCUCCUCUGUCCCAAGCAGAGGCCCUUAUGAGCACUACCACGCUGCUCUGGACCAAAUGGCUAAACCACAGCCUAAAGACAUCAGCAGGGAGGGGUCCUCCGCAGGACCAGGCAGUCCCAUUCGACGUGUACCGGCUGCUGCUGGUCCGGUGCUGCCAAAUGGCCCCGCCCAAAUCCUAAACCAUGAUGCAAUCAAGAGAGAGCUUCAGAGGCUGCAGCUCGUUUCUAUACAGGCUCGCAUCAGUAGGCAGCGUGGUCACAUGGCCGCUGACCGGGCCGAUCAGGUUGAAGAGUUUUUACAGCGUAAGAGAGAAGCCAUGCUCAACAAAGUCCGUGCUGAGGGACAACUGGGCACUCGGCAAAACCUGGCUGCAAUCUAUGGAAGCCGGGCUGGUUCGGUUCAGUGCAGGAGACCCAGAGCCAACAAAGAGGAGGAGGAGUACUUGAAGAAACUGAGGCAGAUCCGUUUGCUGAACUUCAAUGAGCGUCAGCAGAUCAAAGCUCGACUCAGAGGAGAGAAGUAUGACAGCGACGGUUCAGACAGCCAGGAGUCCACCGAGGAGGCGGAGCUCAGGAGAAAGAAGAUAGAGGCUUUAAAAGCCCAGGCUAAUGCCCGUGCUGCUGUACUGAAAGAGCAACUAGAGAAGAAGAGGAGAGAGGCGUAUGAGAGAGAGAAGAGAGCUUGGGAGGACCAUAUUGCAGCUCGAGGGGUGAAGGUUGGCGUGGCAGCAGGAAACGUAGCGGCGGCGGCAGUAGCAGUAUCCACUACCUCUGACAGUCCUCUUCCACAGCCCAGUCCCUGUCAGCCAGAACCAGCUGCCAAAGCUUCAGCCCUGCCGGCAUCCAAACCCUCCACCUCCACCCCAGCUAUAUCCAUGACUGCCGCCCUGAAGAACGUUGGAGCAAUGACUCCACUAAAAGAAAAGCUGCCUGAGCCAGAGACUGCCACGGUCAUACAGAGUGAGAAAAAGCAGAUUCUGCGCAGACUUAACCAGAACCUAAAAGCCCAGAGUCCAGUGGAGGAGACCGAGGAGCCGCAUCCACCUCCCGCAGAACCAAGUCCUGUUCCCCAGCAGAGCCAAGCGGACGCAGAGAACCGCCCCUCAUCGAACGGAGACCGAAAGAAGUGGGAUGCUGCAGAACUGCCCGUACUUCCUGUGGCUCAGCAAACUCUGGGGGAAACCUGCGCCACGACGAGCACCACCUCAGUGUCUCCAGAGGACAGGCCGUCUUCCGGUGGAGACAGGAAGAAGUGGGAAGUGGUGGAGACGGGGGUUCCACUUGUCCUCCCUGUAGCCCAACAAACUCUGGAGGAGACGGGCAACAUGACCAUUGAGCAAACAGCGGGGGAAGUUAUACGGAUGGGUGUGCUACAGGAAGAAAAUCCCAGGAAGGUGUGGGGAGCGAGUCCAGUCUCUCAGGUGCUGAGGGUCCUUCAGGAGGCGGAGCUUCAGCCUCUCACCCAGCAGCUGGAGAACGUCACCAUCUGUGAGAAAGAGUUUCCCAGCCCCGAUAAGCCUACCCAGGCGGCUGCAGCUGAGACUGUGAGGACACCUGAGGAGGUGUUGACCUCUAAGCCAACACCAUCUGCUGUGCCUCAGCGCCCUGAGGGUCAGGAGGAGAGAGCUGCUCCAGCGGAGGCCUCGCGUCAGGAAGUGUGUGUGGCUGGCACAGCAGAAAGACUCGCACUGCCGCCCGACCUUACUGAGACUCAGGAUCCAGCAGACAUGGAGUCAAUGGUUUUGGAAGAGACGCCUAAACAGGCCUCACCUCGCCCGUCUGCCGUGCAGCAGGCGUGGGAGCAGGAAGCCCAACAACCAUUGCCACCAGAGGGCAUUAAGAGACCGACAGGCACCAAGGAGGGAGAGAAGAGUGCAGAGAAACCAACAGACUCAUCUGGUUUAGCACAGUGCGAGGAGCCUCUGUUUAUGAAGUUGUGCUCCCCGGCCCACCGCCGCACCGCUGCCCUCGCAAUCCUCUCAGCCCAGUCCUCUGUGGAUGAAUCAUCCUCCUCCCUGGCCUCUCGCUCACGCUCCGUCUCACCUCUGCGCUCCAGACACCACAACUCCCUCCUCAUCGGUCUUUCUACAGGCAUGUUUGACGCCAACAACCCCAAGAUGCUCCGGACAUGCUCUCUGCCAGACCUCAGUCACCUCUUCAGUGCUCAGCAGGAGUCUGCAGCUGCUAGAGCUAACGUUGCCCCUGACAACAACCUGGAAAUUGAGGACCUGGAUGAGGCGGCUAAAGAUGACGACCAGUCUGAGACCGAAGAUGCAUAUGAGGAUGAAGACCUGCGGGACAUCAGGGCGUCCAUGGAGAGACUCCUGCACGAAGAGGGUGAAUUAAUGAGGAGCUCUCCGGAGGUCGGCGCGGGAGACUUCAAUGGAAACCCUCCAGAGAGCGAAGACCAAGAGUUUUUCAACAGGAUCGCGGCCGAGAUCGAUCAGGACAACAAUCAGAUGGCUGUCGACGAUGAUGACGAGGACGAGGACGAUGAGGAGGACGAAGAGGAGGACGAGGAGGAAGAAGGCGAGGACGAUGAGGACGAGGACGAGGAAUGCUCCAAUGGGAGUCCCGCUGAUGAGGAGGCAGGGGAGUUGCUAAGCAAUGGCGUGGGAGAGAACCACAGUGAUAACAGCCAGCUCAAUGAAGAGUGGCAUUCAGACGGCAGCGGAGAGGACCAGGGCGGAGAGGCUGAGCAUCACGACAGCAUCUUCAGUCGGCUGGAAGAGCUUCGCUUCAACCUGGAGCAGCAGAUGGGCUUUGAGAAGUUCAUUGAAGCCUACAAUAAGAUAAAGGCGAUACAUGAGGAUGAAGAUGAGAAUAUUGACCUGGGCUCCAGUCUGGUGUUCAGCAUUCUGGGGACUGAGCACCAGCAUCUGUAUCCCAACAUCCUUCAUCUAGUGAUGGCAGAUGGCGCAUACCAAGAAGAUAAUGAUGAAUAAUGGUUUCUGCAAUCGAGCUGCUGGCAGCUAUGACAAUCUGCUAGCUAUCUGAUGUCUUCCCAUGACGCGCAUCACUGGCAGAAGGAUCUAUGCAUGAGGUGUCGCAGCCAUGCAUCUAACAGUGUUUCAGGCACACUUGCAUGAUGAAUAACUUAGUGCACUCAAGGCUGUAUUUCAUACUUUUGACUAUCAGCACCUGGCACUAUUUUCUAACCGGUGUCCGUUCAAAAAGUGCAUUAUCAAACACAUGUUCUUCUUCACUUACCAAAGUUAACUGUCAAAUGUUCAAUGUCUGUAAAUGGAUGACACACGUGUAUUGUCGCACUGAUUAAUUGUAUGAACUAUUUUGUUUCACUUCGUUUGUUGGUUCAGUUAGACUCCGCAGUGGCAUUUUAUUUUGGCGGGCAAAGAUCUGGUCCUCUCAGGUGCUCUCACAUCCUCACCCACAGCGUCGCAACACAAACCAGGUCACCCUCAAAACAGAUGUACCGUGAUUUAUUCAGAACCAGAGGAACCUCCUUUUCUUAAAACUCUUUUCACCAAACAACAAGUUAAAUAUUAUCUAAUACAUUUUCCACGUUUCUUACUGUUUUAUUUAACCCAGAUUAAUUCAAAGAUUAUUGUGAGACUGUUGUAUGUUGCACUGUAGCGAGGCGGUGGCACUGAAGUGCUGGGUGUGAUAUCGUGAGACAGGUCGGAUUGAUGUUCAGUACAGAGUUGUACUGAUGUAAGCAAUGGUACAGAUAUUAACAAUAAUUCAUAUAUAAUGAUAAAUUAAGUAUUGUAAAUCUUUAUAUGAAGUAAUAAAAACUUUUUUGA